CUGGCUGCUUUGUUGAGGAUUCCUCCUUGGUUUCCUGCAGGUUUUAGCGUAAGAGUUGCAAUGGAACCCAGCUGGAGUACGUUUUUAUUUCAACAGGCUAACGAGGCACUCCACCACCAGCACCAAUUAGCCGGGAACAGCCUCUUGCCGUUGCUCACUUCUGGAUCAGAGCCGCCUGAUCAGAAACCAGUGCUGCCCAUAGUGUUGGAUCAAAAACCACCAGUCAGCGCUGCAGAACUUCUCAAAGACAAUGUGGCCAGUGGCACUGGGGCAGGAGGCGGUGGAGGACCUCCACUUGCUGUGGUCAAAAAAGAGCCUAAAUCAAAGACGCCAUUUAUUUGUGGCUAUUGCAACAAGGCUUUCCGGGACAGCUACCACCUGCGGCGGCACGAGUCAUGCCACACCGGCAUUAAGAUGGUAUCGCGGCCGAAGAAGACGCAAGCAGCUCCCACCAUGGUGCCAAUCAUAUCCACUUUACCUCGAGAUAACAGUGGAAACCCUUCAUACAUUACUACUGUAGCUGGCAUUUUGACAACAGCCACCACAUCAACUGCGACAGGCACGAGUACCAUGACCCCGAUGCAACACCAACAGCAGCAGAACAUCCCUAAGAAGCCCCCCAAACCUGUGAAAAAGAAUCAUGGCUGUGAUAUGUGUGGGAAGGCUUUUAGGGAUGUCUAUCACCUGAACCGCCACAAGUUGUCACACUCUGAUGAAAAGCCAUUUGAGUGUCCCAUCUGUCAUCAGAGGUUCAAGAGGAAGGAUCGAAUGACAUAUCAUGCACGCUCCCAUGAUGGUGGUGUUCACAAGCCUUAUAUUUGUUCUGUAUGUGGGAAAGGAUUCUCCAGGCCUGAUCACCUAAGCUGUCACGUCAAGCAUGUCCAUUCCUCAGAGAGGCCUUUUAAGUGCCAAGUGACGGCCUGUACGUCUGCCUUCGCUACCAAAGACCGUCUACGUUCUCACAUGAUCAGACAUGAAGGCAAAGUCACCUGUAACAUUUGUGGCAAAAUGCUAAGUGCUGCCUACAUCACAAGUCAUCUCAAGACACAUGGUCAAGCCAGCUUCAGCAACCAAUGUCACAGUAAAGGCAUAAGUGACUGGCAGUGGAACCACUCAGGGCCACGAAAAGGUGAUUUGACGGUAGGAGAGAUUUUAAAUAACUCCUUCCAAGUCCUAAUUGACAACUUUCACAAAGAUGCCAACAACGUGCACAACAAUUCCGCCACGACAACGCCGGUCACCAACUCGGCAGCCAUCACUUCGGCCAUGAACCGUGGCGGCAAUGCCAGCAACCCAGUCACCAUUGCCGCUCAGAUGAACAUCACCACCAGCACGGUCAACAUUACAAACCCCGUCAACCUGCAGCAUCCCGUCACCAUCACAGGCCCUGUGAACCUAGCCUCUGUCAACAUCCCCACGACCGCCCACAUGAAUAUUGCCCACCCCGUGGCCAUCACCACCCCAAUGCCCAUGAAUAUCACCGGCCCACUUAACAUUGCCAUGAGGCCCAUGGAGAGCAUGCCUUUUCUAUCCCAGGUUCUGCCAUCCUCACCUCCUUGGUAGAGUUUGUUUUCUAGCCGCUGAGUAACUGUUGAGAAUGUAACUGCCUAAUAAUAGAUGAACCUGUCAAAAUCUGACUAUAAUUGCGUUCUCAGUGGAUGGGCAAUAUGCCUAACACUGAAGUUGGCAUACCGUCCUCAAUAAUGCAAUGACACCCUACAACCCGCAUGGAUUACGAAUAGCAAAAAUCAAUGCUAAUAUCAAUUCGUUAAUUGUUUAUUUGUUUGUAUUUAUGAGAGGGAAAUGCUUGGGAAAAGUCUUCGUCAUUAUAGUAAUUUGUAAACAAUGAUCUACAUACUGUAUCUGACAAAUUAAUUCAUCACAUUGAUGCAAAAUGAUGUAAAUGAAAUAUUACCUCCAAAGCUGUCCCUACAAAUUUUUACAACAGAACAACUCCUUUCCUCAUUCGGAAAAUCCGAAAGGAGUUUAAGGACUUUCUCGGUGCAUCCCCGUCUUGCAAAAUAGAGAGGCGAGAGGACCUUUGUCUUUUAAUGGGACAAACAGUAGAAGAUCAACUGUUUGGGUGGUGUCUAAUUUAAAUGAAACCACUAUAUAGUUUUAAUCCAAACAUGAAAGCAAUCGUUUAUGCCAAAGAUUUUCCAAGCAACAUGUUUCCCUUUUGAAUUCUAUAUUUGAAAAGAUUGGGAAACCCAAAUACAUUUAAUUAGCGUACUACCUGACUGAGGCCUCACAUUAGAAGCUGCUACAGGCAGUUAACUUUAAGUUUGCACCAUGUCGUAUUUUAACCUAUGCCGACAUCAUGGCAUCUAUCACAAAAAUCUCAUUUUGAUGAAAUUGGGAUGUUGUAUAAAACUUAAACGGAUUAUUUGAUUUGAAAAUAAUUUCCUACCUAUAGGCCAUUGAAUACACUACAAAGAUAUUUAUUAUCU